AUGGCCGUUAAAUCACACCAGAACACAACAAGUUAUAAUAUAUUCGCCUACACAGGGAAUGGCAGCAACACACACACAGGCCUUCAGCCUUCACAUAACAUUGAUAGCAAACCACCCAGAGGCUUCAUGAGUCCCCGAUUAGCGCGCGCAAAGCGCAAUAUGGAGGCUAAUCUCACCAUAUUUAAGGAGAGUGAAGACCACACGUCGAAAUAUGACAUCCGCAUCAGACCGCUCGUGAGCUAUUUUGCAUAG